CACCUGCACAUGCACAAUAGAAAAAAUCGGUGUAAAACUUCUUCCCCUUCCCUACCCGUUUUGUUCGUUGAAAACUUCAUCCAACAAAUCACAAGAAGUCCUUUUGGAACUCUGUGUGUGUAUGUGCGUGUUGCGGGUUCAAUUCUAGGGUUUAAAGCUUCUGAUUUGUCUUCCCUUUCUUAUUAUAAUAACAAGAUCUCAGUUGAUCAAUUUACUCUUCACUUUCUCUUCUUGAGAGUAAAACAGAUUGAAACCCUUUUUUUUCAAAGUUUUUCUCAGGCGGUCGCUAAAAUGGCCGGUGAUGGUGCUACUAAUCUUUCUCGCACUUUCAAGUACUUAUUCGCUACGCAGUUCUUGUCAAGGGGAAUCCCAUUCAUAUUCAAUUCAUGGAUCAUCAGACACCUCACUGCAAAAGAUUAUGCGCUUUAUGCUGUGCAAUUCCAUCUGUUUGUCACCUGUGUCUUGUUCCUUAGUCGAGAGGGUUUUCGGCGAGCAUGCAUGAGAGCAGACAUUAAAUGUGAUGGUGCUUCAACUGGAGAAAAUGCAUCAAAAAUAUUGAAGGUAGCCUGGAUGACUGUCCCAUUUGGAAUAGUUAUUACAGUUGCAGCAUGUAUACUUGUCUUCUGGUGGCAAGAACUAAGUUAUUCUAAUCCAUAUGCACGAGCUAUCUUGAUUAAUGGUCUUGCAUGUAUUUUGGAGCUAUUGGCAGAACCCUUGUAUAUUGUUUCUCAGAACUUGCUUCUUCUCAGGUUGCGGUUGAUAGUUGAAACUGUAGCUACUCUUUCACGUUGUAUGACAACCUAUAUUCUCAUUGUCAAGCAACCUGACAUGGAGAAGGCAAUUGUAUUCGCUUUGUCACAAACUGCAUACGGAGCUUGCUUGUUCUUUUGUUAUUGGGGCUACUUUCUUCUUUUUCGUGUAUUUAAGGUUUCUGAUCUUUUCCCUUUCAGAGUAAGAGAUAUCAUGGAUUAUGAUAGGCAACUCUCAGACAUGUGUAUGCUAUUUACUCUUCAAUCCUUCCGGAAGUUGUUCCUCCAAGAAGGAGAAAAGUUUGUCCUUGUAUGGUUGGAUACACCAUAUAAUCAAGCCAUAUACGGAAUUGUAGACAAAUUAGGGAGCCUAGUGGUGAGGAUGGUUUUUCUUCCCUUUGAAGAAAGUUCGUAUGUUACUUUUGCAAGGUCCGCAUCAGCGGAAGAUGCCCAGAAAAGCUGGAAGUUAGGAAGUUGUCUAACAGAUGCUCUGAAGCUGGUUUUGUUAAUUGGGCUUGUAGUUAUGGCAUUUGGCCCAAGCUAUUCUUACUCUCUCAUCAGAUUGUUGUAUGGCCAGAAAUGGAGUGAUGGAGAAGCAUCAACCGCCCUCCAAUAUUAUUGCCUUUAUGUCAUUACUUUGGCCAUGAAUGGAACAUCUGAAGCAUUUCUGCACGCAGUUGCUACAGAGAACCAAAUCAAGCGUUCAAAUGACUCGUUACUUGUAUUCUCAUUGAUCUACCUUGUUAUGAAUGUCGUACUCAUACGAUCAGCUGGUGCAGUUGGGUUAAUCAUUGCAAAUUCCUUGAAUAUGAUUUUAAGGAUUAUAUACUCAGCGGUAUUCAUCAAGCAUUAUUUUAAGGAUUCUGCCUCAUUUUCCUUUCGCAGCUGUUUGCCUUCUGGUUGGAUGGUCCUGUUAUUUUCCAGCAUAACCACUCUCAUUUCUGAGAAAAUAUUUCUGGAUCGACAGAACUUCUGGCCAACGUUUCUCAUUCAUUUCUCUGUCGGGGUAACCUGCUUCUGUAUAUCAUCCUUAGUAAUUUAUCGCCGUGAGAGGCCUUUUAUCAACAAAAUUAUACGCUUCCGUGACCAUGCUGACUGAGGAGGAAUAGACAACUUCUUUUAACAGUGUCAGAGGUGAGAAUACAGUCAUUAUAUGCUUUAUGACAUCUAACUACUCCUUUAAACUCUAUCAAAAAAAAAAAAAUAAAAAAAAUAAAACUAUUAAAAAAAAAAGAAAAAAAAAAGGAAGCAAUUUUCAUCGUUAUUGAAUGGAUAUGCUUUUAAAUGGGUGGAAUUGAAUUUCCCGGCAGCAGGAGCAAAGCACCUCCCUGUAUUGUAUCAACAUGAUUAAUGAUUCACAAGUAUACUAGUUAAUGAUUUAAUUAUUUGUUCUUUAUCGCCGUGAGAGGCCUUUUCUCUACAAAAUUAUACGCUUUUGAAUUCUUUA